AAUGAAGGAUAAUAAGUAUAUUGAAUGCAGGUGCUUCCACACAGAUGUGGUUUGUGAGUUAAUUAAGUAAUUAUCAUCCCAUCAUGCUUAAGAUCGUGUAUAAAAAAUACCCAGUUGCUCAUUAUUUUGGCUACCAUGAUUAGAAGAAGAGAUCUGUAACUUUGAAAGAGGGGUCUCAAAGAAGUAUAGGGGCUGUCUGUCACCAGAUCUCAACCCAAUUGAACAUUUAUGGGAGAUUCUGGAGCGGUGCCUGAGACACCGUUUUUCACCACCACCAACAAAACACCAAAUAAUGUUGCCUCCCUCCAAAUACACUUGUAGAAUCUAUGCCAAGGCGCAUUGAAGCUGCUCUGGUGGCCCAAUGCCCUAUUAAGAAACUUGGUGUUUCCUUUAUUUCGGCAGUUACGUAUAAAUUGGUGGAUGAGCUUGAAGACCAUGCCUUAAAGAGACGGAAACAAAAUACAAAGAAGGUGGACUGCAAGGCUUUAAUAAACAUCGCCCACAUUAUCCGCUUUCCUGGUUUUAAGAUUGAGGAGAGUACUGUGCGCUCUAAAAAGGAGGCCUCCAAAGAUCUGAAGGCAGCUCUAAGUGAAAAACCAAGCUCUGUGAAGGCAGAGGUUGUCUACUGUGUCAGGUUCCCCUCUCUCUCUGAGCAUAGCUCACACGCACUUGUUGGUGAGAGGUCCUCUAAGAAGAACUUGAAGAUGUUGCAGAAGCAAUGUGCAGGCUAUUUAAAAGAAAUCACAGACCUCACAUAUCAUCUUCAAGAUGAACAGUACAUGACUGGCCUGUCUUCACAUCUGCAAAGCCUAUUGCAGGAAAUGAAAGGACUUGUCCCACAGGAUAAAGAUCUCACACUGACCCUUUCCCCAAGGAAGAGAAAGGCUGAGGAGGACAUGGCCACCCUACCAACCCAGGGAGCAUCGCAACCUUUCACCGACAGUGUAGGACAGCAUGCAGAUUUACAGAACACAUGCGAAGAACCAUGUUUGCCAAACUGAGUGUGGAGUGAGAUUGCUUGUAGGCAGGGAGCCUAGUGUGUGUGUGUGUGUGUGUGUGUGUGUGUGUGUGUGUGUGUGUGUGUGUGUGUGUGUGUGUGUGUGUGUGUGUGUGUGUGUGUGUGUGUGUGUGUGUGUGUGUGUGUGUGUGUGUGUGUGUGUUGAGUCUGUCUUUUAUUUUUUUUCCCAGAAUAUUUUAUUUUUGAGAGCUGGGUUUUGUGGUAACCCAAGCCUGCCAGCAUACUUGUUGUACAAUUAAUAUUAAAAUGGUAAUAAAAUACAAUUGGGUGAUAAUCCUGUAUGCAGUGGUGGAAAAAUAACCCAAUUGUCAUACUUGAGUAAAAGUAAAGAUGCCUUAAUAGAAAAUGAAAGUCACCUAAUAAAAAAACUACUUCAGUAAAAGUCUAAAAGUAUUUGGUUUUAAAUAUACUUAAGUAUCAAAAGUAAACAACUGCUAAAAUAUAUAAGUAUCGAAAGUAAAAGUAUAAAUCAUUUAAAAUUCCUUAUAUUAAGCAAACCAGACGGCACCAUUUUCUUGUUCUUUUGAUUUAUUUAUGGAUAGCCAGGUGCACUCUAACACUCGACAUCAUUUACAAAGGAAGAUUUUGUGUUCAGUGAGUCUGCUAGAUCAGUAAGGAUGACCAGGGAUUAGUUAUGUGUGAAUUGGAAAAAUGUUCUGUCUUGCUAAGCAUUCAAAAUGUAAUACUUUUGGGUGUAACGGAAAGCAUAGAUUAUUUGAUGAUGUUGAAAUGGUGCUGAAAAAGUGGAGGCAGCUCCUGUUUUCUUUGUGACUUGCGAUAACACUGGUUCUAAAUCAAUAGUUGCUUACUAGUCAAAUGUCGGAAACAUUAACCUGCUUGACCAUGCUGUCGGUCAUUUAAUACCACAUGCUUUGUGGACUUGCUGUUGCUCUCCGGUUUUGUGAUGAAACAAAGGUGUGGUUGAAUUUGUACUGUCCCAGCCCUGGCUAUACUUCAGCCCAUAAUGGCCUCUCUCAGACCUUCUCCAGGUAACGCCCAACUGUCAUCUACAUCUCAUACAUGAUCAUACUCUGAAGAUGCUGAUGCUGUAAAAUAAGGUUUCUCUAAGCUGCUGGUAUGGAUGUUUGGUUAUUACCUGUGUAUGUGUGGAUGGAUGCUGUGUUUAAUGGGGUGCUGUUUUCUGUAAAUCCUCUCCAUGGCUGUUAUAUAAGGUGUGCUUCUAUUAUUAAACUGUACUCUUACCACUGAUUAGCUGUUCUCUCGAUGCAGGAGGUGGGUAUUUCACUGGAUGCAAUGGGGAGAUUAUGGCUGGUUAGUCCACCUUUGGAACUUAUGUUAUCUUAGUACAUUUUUCUAUUUGAUAGUCGAGCUAAAUAACUUAAAAGUGCAUACGUUAUCCUAAUUUUGUCGUAUUUCAUGUCACUGUUACUGCGCAGUUAGCUGAUUAUGACCACUUCCCAUCAUUAAAUAAUUGUUGUUUAGAGCCAGGAGUUUUUCCUGACUUUAACAGGAAAAUCUCUUCAUCCUAUCUAUAACUUGGGCCCAUAGUUUUUCCUGACCGUCUGGCCAUGAAAAUUAUUAGCCCUUCUCAUUGGUUUCCACUAGUUUCUAUCGUCCCAAGGUCCUGUUUCACAGUCACAACGUCAGGUUCCACAGUCACAACGUCAGGUUCCACAGUCACAAAGUCAGAUUCCACAGCCACAAUGUAAAAAUGAGCUUCAAAAUUAACUUUUUGGUUUAAAGUUAGUGUUAGGCAUAAGGUUAGGUUGAAAAUCUCAUUUUAAGAAGAUAAAUUGUGGAAAUGGGCAUGGUUUGUGACUGUCUAUAAAAGCUACUGACGACCCUUUUCAUGUGAUACUCUUUUCCUGUUGUGAUGCAGUCGGCCAUGUUUUGGGGGAUUGGUCAGCAGUCUGCCUCAACCCUGGUGGCUGGGGGUGCUGACUGGGGUUCUCCUUGAGAGUGUUCCUUGGGCUCCAUUAAAAAAAGCCUACAUUAAAACACUUAACUUGUUUCAUGAUUUAUAGGUCUGUUGCUUGAAUAUAUCAAUUAUUUUCAGACAAUGCACUUUUCCCAUUCAUUUUAAAAUGUAUAGCAGGUUGUGUGUGAAUUGGAAAGAUGUUCUGUCUUGCUAAGCAUUCAAAAUGUAAUACUUUUGGGUGUAACAGAAAAAGAAUAGAGUAAAAAGUAAAUGAUUUUCUUUAGGAAUGUAGUGAAGUAAAAGUUGUCAAAUAUAAGUAAUAUAGUACAGAUACCCCCAAAAAACUACUUAAGUAGUACUUUAAAGUAUUUUUACUUAAGUGCUUUACACCACUGCUUGUAUGUCGCUCUGGAUAAGAGCGUCUGCUAAAUGACUUAAAUGUAAAAUGUAAAUGUAUGUGGUGCAUUUCCACAUCCAGUACCCAGGUCAGGUCUUCUGUCUGAUUCCCUCCUUGGUGGAGUACUGUGGCUACCAAUAUCCCUGUGAUCCUUCCAUGUCCAUGUUGCCGAGGGUUAAGAGUAUAAAUCGUAGAUUCAUAAUAUUACAUUGUAUUACACUCUCUAAACUUGUUCUAUGGAUUUCUUGUCCAAAAUCUGUUAACUGUUUUUUCUAAUACAUUUUGAGAUCUGGCUGUGGAACCCCUGCAAUAGCGCCGCGGAACCCAUUUGUAGAACCUCUGAUUUAUACGUUCAUUGUGUGGUCUUGUCCGUUUCUACGCCAAUAUAAGAGAGAUCUCAAAAAUGGAGAAUGCAGUGAUAAGGCUAUAAUAUUUCAGGAUAUGUGGUUUUGGUCUGUGAUAUAGUCUUGAGUGACUUUGAUAUGAAAGUGAAACACUCUUACUUUCACAUGUUAUCUUGUUUAGCUGAUUAGGCCAUGUGUCUGAUUCACCUGGGAAUACACUGCCCUCCCCAGAACCUGUUUUAUCUCUCUUGUCAUUCUAUAAUUGCAUACAGUUGCAUAACUUUGUCUGUGGAUUUUGGUGGGGCAAACAAGGUCUAACACAUUCUAAAAGUUAUCUGAUUACUUUACAUAAUGUGCUGCAUUUCAAAUGGUUUGCUUUUUUACACCCGUUAGUGGAUUUGGUAUUCCACACACCUUUCUUUGUACAUAAAAUAAAAAUGCAACUUC